AUGGAUCCAGAAAAAAACAUUAGGAAAAUAUCAAAAUCUUGUUCAAAUGGAGGUCUGAUUUACUUGACUCAUGAAGACGAAAUCGAUGUGCUUUCAGAUUUUGUCCAACUCGGUUCCACUUAUAAAUUAAAUGAAGUGCUUACUGGAAUUUAUUGCGAUUUCGAAAAUCAAAAUGAUGAUCGCAACUCCUGUUUCUACGAUAUACCUGAUGUUGGAAGAAGAGCCGUACCAAAAGAUUUGGAGAAAGCCAUCAAAAAAAAGUCAGCUCGCUUCUCGGGAAGAAAGCUGGGAUACUUCACCUUCCACAAGAACCUCCAGUAUGGCUUUCGUAAGCUUUCUGUUACCCAUUAG